CCCCCAACAAGUUUUGUCGUUUCACCCAGUAGUCCCCACCACGCAACACACCAUUUCCUCUCUCUCACAUAGACACACACUCAUCAUCUCCACUCGAACCAAGACAAACCAAAACCCCUUGUUCUUGCUCUUGUUCUUGCUCUUGUUCUUGUUCUUCCUCGGAUCCAAUUGAUGACGGAGGAGCGGAACGUGCGGAGGACGCGGGUGGUGGACGUGGUGCUGGACUGCGUCAUACCCUACAUCGACGACCCGAAGGACCGCGACGCAGUGUCCCAGGUGUGCCGGCGGUGGUACGAGCUGGACUCCCUCACGAGGAAGCACGUGACCAUCGCCCUCUGCUACACGACCACGCCGGCGCGCCUCCGCCGGCGCUUCCCCCACCUGGAGUCCCUGAAGCUGAAGGGGAAGCCCCGCGCCGCAAUGUUCAACCUCAUACCGGAGGACUGGGGGGGCCACGUCACCCCCUGGGUCGCCGAGAUUUCCCGCUACUUCGACUGCCUCAAGACCCUCCACUUCCGCCGCAUGAUCGUCAAGGAUUCCGAUCUUCAAAUCCUCGCCUCCUCCCGCGGUCACGUGCUCCACGCCCUCAAGCUCGACAAGUGCUCCGGUUUCUCCACUGAUGGACUCUCCUUUAUUGCUCGCUCUUGCAGGAGUUUAAGAGUCUUGUUUUUGGAGGAAAGCUCAAUUGUUGAGAAGGACGGAGAAUGGCUACAUGAGCUUGCUUUGAAUAAUACAGUUCUCGAGACUCUCAACUUUUACUUGACAGAUAUUGAUGUGGUCAAGAUUCAAGAUCUUGAACUCCUAGCUAAAAAUUGUCCCAACUUAGUGUCCGUGAAACUCGCCGAAUGCGAAAUACUGGAUCUUGUGAACUUCUUUAAGAAUGCCUAUGCUCUGGAAGAGUUUUGCGGAGGCACCUACAACGAGGAACCAGAAAAAUACUCUGCUAUAUCACUACCAGCAAAGUUAUGUCGAUUGGGUUUAACAUAUAUUGGAAAGAAUGAGUUGCCCAUAGUGUUCAUGUUUGCAGCCGUACUAAAAAAAUUGGACCUCCUCUAUGCAAUGCUGGACACGGAGGAUCAUUGUAUGUUAAUCCAAAGGUGUCCAAAUCUGGAAGUCCUUGAGACAAGGAAUGUAAUUGGAGAUAGAGGGUUAGAAGUUCUUGGCCGUUGUUGUAAGAGGUUAAAAAGGCUUCGGAUUGAACGGGGUGAUGAUGAUCAAGGAAUGGAGGAUGAAGAAGGUACUGUUUCCCAUAGAGGGCUGAUAGCCUUAUCACAAGGGUGUUCGGAGCUUGAAUACAUGGCAGUUUACGUGUCUGACAUUACAAACGCAUCUCUGGAACAUAUUGGAACUCACUUGAAAAACCUGUGUGAUUUUCGCCUGGUGUUGCUUGAUCACGAAGAAAAGAUAACCGAUUUGCCACUUGACAAUGGAGUGAGGGCUCUACUGAGGGGCUGUGACAAGCUGAGAAGAUUUGCCCUAUAUCUCAGGCGUGGGGGUUUGACUGAUGUUGGUCUUGGUUACAUUGGUCAGUACAGUCCAAACGUGAGAUGGAUGCUGCUUGGUUAUGUGGGUGAGUCAGAUGCAGGACUUUUGGAGUUCUCUAAGGGGUGUCCUAGUCUUCAAAAGCUUGAAAUGAGAGGGUGUUCUUUCUUCAGUGAGCGUGCACUUGCUGUGGCAGCAACACAAUUGACUUCUCUAAGGUACUUGUGGGUGCAAGGCUAUGGUGCAUCUCCAUCUGGACGUGAUCUUUUGGCCAUGGCUCGACCCUUUUGGAACAUUGAGUUGAUUCCUUCUAGAAAAGUGGCUAUGAAUAACAAUACGGAUGAGACUGUAGUUGUUGAGCAUUCUGCUCACAUUCUUGCAUAUUACUCUCUUGCAGGGCAAAGAUCAGAUUUUCCUGAUACUGUUGUACCUUUGGACACUGUCGCAUCUCUUGACGCCUAGACUUGUGUAUAUACCAAUUUUUGUUUUGUUUUGUUUUUCUUCUCCCCUUUCAUAAGUUGGUUCUAUGUUCCUUUUAGACAGAUAGUCUUGUAAUAAGCUUGUUUUUUCGUUUGUAAUUCAGAAACGCUUCCACUAACGCAAUUGGUUCCCUUAAAACUGAACAUUCUUAAUUUUGUGAAUAAAAUGCAAGAGUUGUUAUUUUUUCUCUUUCA